AUGUCGGAGGUAAAAGAAUUGUCUCUCAGCGAGCUGUGCACCAUUUGUCGAACCAAUCCACCCAAAUAUAAAUGUCCUCGUUGCGCAACCCCAACCUGCUCCCUACCCUGCAGUAAGCGGCAUAAACUCUGGUCCCAAUGUUCCGGCGUGCGAGACCCGGCCGCAUACCUAAAACGUAGAGAAUUAGCAACGCCGGCGGCCUUUGAUAAGGAUUUUAACUUCAUCAGUGGCAUUGAGAGGUAUGUCGAGAGGGCGGAGAGGGAUGCGGAGAAUAGAGGGAUUGAACUGGUGAGGGAGGAUGGUGACAAUAACCAGCGUUGCAAAAAGCGGACAGAGCCCGUAAAAAAGGGGGAGGUGGCCUUAUUGAGGGGAGUUGAGAACGCUGGGGUAAAGGUGGUUAGGGCUCCGAAGGGAAUGUCAAGGGGGAAACAGAAUAUGUCUUAUUGGCAUAAAAAACACAAAUGCCUUAGCUGGACCAUCGAAUGGAUACUGGUGGAUGGCCACCAGAGUCAAAAAGCAUUGAAUAAAUGUCUCGAGUCCACAGCCGUCGCAGUAGCCUUCUCGCGGACGUCUCUGUCGAAACAGCAUGGGGAGGAAAUGAUUACAGCUUCACCAGCAAAGAAACGAAAAUUAGACUCAUAUAACGGACCAUCUCUUCCACUCUCUACGACAAACGUCACAAGAUCCUCUAUACCUAAAUCCCCGGACGAACCAUCAGACAGUCAAACACCGCACCUCCAUAUAUUAGCCCCGAUACCACAAGACCCAACACCAGAUCCGAAUACGGAUCCAAAGGAAUCUGCAAAUCUAGAAACAAACCGCGCCAUAUCCCCAUCAGACCGGACCGAUAUUACCAAUAUGGACAAUACUGCUAAUGACCACGAUUCAAAUCUCGUCUCAAAUCACCCGCCAGCCUUACCACAACAAAAACAGAACCAUUACUUCUACCUCCACCGCCCACAAUCCCGCUCUCGCGUGCCUGUCCUUAUCCCGCUCGCUACGGAAUCAGUCACGAUAUCAGACGUUCUACGAAGUCGGGUAGUGCUUGAGUUUCCCACUUUCUAUGUUCUUCCGUGGGCUCCUAAGGAACUACCCGAAGAUGGGUUUAUGCUAGAAGAGGUAUAUCUGAGGGAAAAUGAUGAUGGUGGGGAGGAGGAGCUUGGUGAGGGGAGGGGAAGGGAAUAA